AUGGCACCUCCUGCGUUUUCGACGCUUGGCGUUUCGUUUGUGGAGAAUGAAUUGGAACAAACGAAGCAGAAGUUUCAAGCUACGAAGAAUGCACGGGACUUGGCUUUAACCCGGGUACAACAACAUGAAGCUGCUUGUAUUGCUGCAGAGCAGGAAUGGCUGAAUAUACAGAACCGACACAGGAGGAGAGAUGAAGCAGCGCGUUUGUUGCAAAGCUGGUGGCUGCGAGUUGGUAUGCGAAGGGCAGCAUCCUUUCCGUUGUAUGAGUUUCUGGAGCAUCACCGGCUACUUCGCGCGCGGCAGUGUCUCGGUGAGAACCUUCUGGACUUGCGACGAUGUGUUCAUGAUUUGCACAUUGAAGAUGCAGACCGUGAACAGUCCUGUGUUCGGAUCCAACGUUGGUGGCGUCAUGUGCUCGCCAAACGAGUGAUGAAGAUCAUCGCCAUGUACGGCAAGGUCUCCAAAAUAAAAACAGUGGUGGAAAAUGCGGCCGCCAAGAUUCAGGCAGUUGUUCGCGGCACUAGUGCUCGGAGAGAAGUGGGGGUACUUCGUGAAUCACGGAAAGCUGCCGAAGAAGAAGCAGAGAGACGAUUGGAGCAAAUCAAGAUGCAAGCAGUGCUAAGCAUCCAAAACACCUAUCGCAAGAGUGUCGCGGUGAAGCAGGUGCAACUCUUGAGGGCCAGAAUGUUUGCUGCAGUUAUGUCGCAAGGUGUCUCUGAUGUGAACAUGGGCCCACACAAAAACAAUCUCCAGUCCUUUGGGAGGAAGCUAAUGUCUCGAAGCGCAGCUGGCGUUUUUGUGCCAAGCAGUGGGAGGUGGGGCAACCGCGAGACUUGGAAGGUACUGGAUCCACCAGUGGAUGGAUCCUCCCUGACCGUGCAGUGCAGCAUUCAGCACCUGGAUGAUGUACUACCCGGUGAUGAUGGAAAACAUUGCCAGUGUCAAGGCGAAGUAGUACGUGGAAGCUCGCUGAGUUCGCAGCCUCCGACGUCCUUCCAGCAGGUGGACCUCAACCGGACAGCACUGCAGAACGCCGAUUGGGUGUUCUGUUCCAAUCAGUGGCAGGAAUGCCAAUGCAACAAUGAAGUGAGGUGGGGAAGCGGCCAAAAGUGGAUGUUCAUCAGCCCUCCAACAAACGAUGAGGUCUUCACAGUGAAGUGCGAUGUGCAAACGCUCGGAGAUCCCUUGCCAGGAGAGGAUGGGAAGCAUUGCCAGUGUUUGGUAGAGCAUGGGAGCACGUUCGAGAAGCAACUAAAUCCGAUGCUUCUUCAUCAGCAAGUUGCGGACAAAAGCGGGUCUCAUCUCAUUGCUUCAUGUGAAAUCUUUGAGGCCUCCCAACACCGAGGGCCCAAGGACCAAGCCUUGUGGGAAGCUGUAGAGCCGUUCUGCUCAGAAGCGUGGGAGGCGAAUGCGGCCGGAGAUGAGUCCCUGGCAGCUGGACCUCGCAGACUCAGCUUCAGUUCGAUGCAGAACCUUAUGCAGGCUCGUAUUGAUGCGCGCUUCGCUGAGAAUUACAACCGCUUGGUGGACGAGGAUGGUUGGCUGCCAAGAGCUUUUGUCAAUUACUAUGCUGGCGCACCAGGAAGUAAACAUGCGAAUAUGACCGAGCAGCUCAUUCGUUCAGUGCACAUGUUCUCCGAGGCGCCCAUCGUGGUGCUUCACUUGGGAAGCCGCACUCCAGACUCCUGGACAGCUGAGCGCUUUCCCCGCUUGCUUCUAGUCCAUGCCGCUCCGAUGGAGCCCGAUGCCCACCGAAGCUUCAAUUUCAACAAGCUGAGAUCAUUCUUGAUCUCUCGAGCCAUGACGGGCGUGGAGUUGGAUUCUGAUCAGUUUGUGGGACCUGGUGUUGAUUACAUGUUUGAGAUGACCGAGAAGGAGAUCACGAAGGAGACGCCUCUUCCCAUCCUUCCUGUGCAUUUCUACAGCUUUACACAGGCAGACACGCCCAACAAUGUGUGGUGGCAGCGCUAUUGCCCCGAUCCACCUGCUUGCAAGCACCACACGAUGCGGUGGAGCCACGCCCAUCCCACAUGGACGUUUUACUCGCUUCCAUUCCUUGGCCGCUGGCUCCGGCGGCACUUCAGAGAUGAGCAACUUCCCGCCUUGACGGAUGAAAGCGGCAACUUGGCAGCCCUUGCAGUGGCCAAGAUUCCGGAGGAUGAGGAUCUACUGAAUGUGGCGACAUGGGAAGAGAAGGGGACGAAGCAAUGGUGCAAGUUCGAUAACGACUACCAUGAAUUUGCCGAUAUGUUGAGCUGGAGCCCCGAGAAGGGAGCUGAAACGACCACGGGCGACAUCGCGAAUGACCCAAAGUUCUAUCCGCAUGGUGCGGCCAAGGCCUUUUGGACAGCGCAUAACUGCAAGGAUCCAGCCGCAACAGCCAAGAUGCUGGAUGAGAUCGAAGUACGCUGGAAGCAGGGACUGUACCCAAAGUCCACCAUUACCUACAAGGGCCACUUUUGGCAGUCGGGAUCGGAGCUUCGCCAGGCGUUCCCUGACCUGCCGUGCAUCUUCUGA